AUGGAAGCUGAUUUGGUUCUUGGAGGAGAAGGCUUAAUUGUCAAUGCGAAUGACAAGCCAGUGUGGCAUAAAACAGUCGACGUUUUGGAACUUCAGUUUGAUGAAGCAGAAGCAGAGUCAAUGUUGUUCCCAGGCAACUUUGCCCUUUAUGCGACAGUGUUGCCGAAAAUUCAAAAAGUUGUGUUCAGCUCGAAAGCCUCCCGCAGGCACGGUAUACGGAUGCAACGGCUAGAAGAGCACAAGAGAAACGAAGGAUGA